CCAGACAGUAGACUCCAGCUCUAGUGAGUGGAGGAACUCGUACCUUAUGAGUCAAGGUAAAGACACACGGACCAUCUACGACAUGCUGCGUCACCUGAGCGGACAGACACUUCCUGGUGUGAGCACCAACCAAUCGCUGCCCUGCAACCUCACUGAGCGCGUGCAGCAGCUGCUUCACUGGAACACAGUGCUGCUGGCCUUCCUCAGGAGGCAGGGAGCCUGUCUGUCCCACAUCAGACCCGAGUACCUGUUAGACUCCCAGGAGUUCAGCCACUGGAGCUCUCUACAGGCCCAGUCCCAGUGUGAUCAGAGGGGGAUGGACUACAGCAGCAAGGUCUUUGAAUCCCUCAGUAAAAGGGCCUGGAUGGAUGUUCUACUGCAGACCUACAAGGUGCUAGUCCUGCCGCGGGUGACAGAGGGUCCCUUGUCCUGGGCCUCCAGAGCUGUGAGCCCAGUGAUGGCAGCAUGGGAGCAGCAGGUCCCAGGAUGA